AUGUCAAAAAUUCUAAUCACGAUUUUUUCGAGAACACUGCUUCGCAUCCAAGCUGCCUGUUGCUACCAAGUAAGGUCUACCCUUACCUCGCAGGAAGCGGUACGAUGCUAUAAGAGUGCGUCAAUCAUGUUCCUGUUCUUUGCAUGGAUUUCAUUGGCGAACGCUUUCAUAAACCCGACCAGCAAUGAACUGAUUUCAAAGAGCUUGAAUGGAAAUUGUGGUUCUCCUGACCUCAGAUGUUCCAACGAAGCAUGUCCUGGGCACUGCGAAAGUACUUGGACUUACUUUGAUAAAACUGAAGCCUGCUAUAAGACUUUCUUCGAAGCAAAUUUCUACGAUGCCGAAUACUUCUGUAGCACUCUUGGAGGACAUUUGAUUUCGAUUCACAGCUAUGACGAAAAUGUCUUCGUAGCUGAGUUAGCAAGAAUGGGAAGGCCAUGGAGUGACGCUCGUGACUUGACUUGGAUUGGUCUAAGGACUGAAGUUACACAAAGCAUGAAAUGGAACUGGACUGAUGGCACUAAACUUGACAAACUGUUCUGGGGUCGAAAUAGACCUAUCAACGACAAGGAAUGUGAUUGUGUGCUGAUGUACAGUGAUCCUUAUGUCGACGUGGAAUAUGGGUACCAGUAUCAGAAGUGGACAAACAAUUAUUGCGCCAUGUCUGUAAGAUCGUUUGUAUGCAAGAAAACGGCUUUGCAUUGAGCUAGCUUGCUUACAAUAACGAAUGAAACACGAACCUAUUCAGUGAUUCAUAAAGUUCAUUCAAUAAAGCAUUAACAAAUU